AGAAUCCAUUAAAAUCCUUUAAAGCUCACCCGGCGCACGCCAGCGGUAGAUGCCGAACAUUCGCACCUACCUCACCAUCAGACGCGCGAGGAACAAUGUCGUCUGAAGGCAGCGCGAGCUGCUGUGGCAGUGCCAGUCUUGACCUAAUUGCCGACCAUUCGCACCUCGAGCCACUUUGAUCGACCGGAGAGGAUUGUGGAUAAAUAGCAGCCACACGUCCGCAGAGGUCAUACUCGUGUUGCUCAACUUCACAAAUGGAUACAAGGACUAUGCCUCCCGUUGGAGAUCUCACUCAGUUCCAGCUGUUCUCUGGAAGCAUGGAGAGGACGACCAUGCCACGCUCAGAUUUCACCGUGCACGACAGGGCCCGGUAUUUCAACCCGCAGGGCGCGCCGGGGGCUCGAGCUGACAGCGUGGCUCUUCUUACCCACCGCCGGAAGAGAACCAACUUCACACAGCAGCAGAUCGAGGUGCUGGAGAAGGUGUACUCCGACACCAAAUACCCAGACAUCUAUCUGCGGGAGAGACUGGAGUCGCUCACUGGCCUGCCAGAAUCAAGAAUACAGGUGUGGUUUCAAAACCGACGCGCAAAGUCCCGCAGGCAGGUGGGGAACCCGAUGACCCAGAAGAGCACCAGCGGGCCGCAAACUACCGUGUCCACCCUCCCCACGGCGCUGGCUCAGCUCCAGAACCGCAUGAGCCAUGACAUGCACAGAAUCGCCAACUUCACCACUGCAGACGCGUUUAUCCCCCAACUCCUGGACCCUACCGAAGACACCCACUGCAAAACGACCCUGCCGAAACGGAAUGGAUACGACCGCUCGCCCCCACUCGCAUGCGUUUACGACACAGGGUGCGAGGACGGGCGACUCAAGAUGGAUCAGCAAUUGAAGAGAGUCGAUCUCAGCGUGUCCGUGCCCUGUAUCCUCGCCUCCUACCGCGGGCAGAACGACAAUUUCACCUCCAACCACGGCAGCAUGAGCGCCGGCUCCAAGCAUGCCAUAGUGGAGUAUGACAACUUCCCUCCCAACAAGACCAUCGGGCCGGAGAUGAAGGUGGCCAUCCCUCCUCUGCCAUCGUCACACAGCUUCGUCCGGUCCCCCCCGAAGCAGGUCGCCUGUCCGGUCCCGGCCCCGCGGCUCAAAGACAACCCCGACCACUUCGGCCACUUCUCCCCCAUCCGAGGCAGCGAGGCCCGCGACUUCUCCGACUCGGAUUCCGAUUGGGAUAGAGAAGUGUUGUUUAACAGCUUUCUGUAACCACGCAAAGCAAACUGUGUUCUAUUUGUUUGUAUAUAACUGCAAAAACUUUGUAUAUAACUGCAAAACUUACUGAACUAUUUAAAGAAAUCACACCCCUGUUGUUUUAUGUGUAAAAAUAAAUAACCAAUCAGAUUGUGGCAAGGCCAUUAAUGACAGAUGUCUGUAGUCACACGUGUUUCUCAGAGAUUUUAAUAAACAUAAGAAACUGCAAGAAAUAUUUACAUUUCCGUAUG